GAAUUUUAAUGUCGCAAAAAAAAUACUCUUCUCAGUCGGAGAGCAAAAAGAUUGAAAUACAAAAAUGACGACCGUCGCAGAAGGUGUGAGAGAAAAAGCUCUUUCUGAUUACAGAAAGAAGCUCCUAGAGCACAAAGAAUUAGAGGCACGUUUGAAAGAAAUGAGAGAACAGUUGAAGGAUCUUACAAAACAGUAUGACAAAUCUGAAAAUGAUCUUAAAGCCUUGCAGAGUGUUGGUCAGAUUGUUGGAGAGGUUCUUAAACAACUAACAGAAGAUAAAUUUAUUGUAAAGGCAACAAACGGUCCCCGGUAUGUUGUGGGAUGCAGGCGUCAGCUUGAUAAAGCCAAGUUGAAGUCGGGAACCAGAGUUGCUCUAGAUAUGACAACACUGACAAUAAUGAGACAUUUACCACGUGAAGUAGAUCCACUAGUGUACAACAUGUCUAUAGAAGAUCCCGGUGAUGUGAGUUAUAACCAGGUUGGAGGUCUGGGAGAACAGAUUAGAGAACUUAGAGAGGUAAUUGAACUGCCUUUGAUGAACCCUGAGUUAUUCCAGCGUGUAGGUAUCACACCACCAAAAGGUUGUUUAUUGUAUGGCCCACCAGGCACUGGUAAAACUCUCCUAGCAAGAGCUGUAGCGUCACAACUUGAUGCCAACUUUCUUAAAGUUGUAUCGAGUGCUAUUGUAGAUAAAUAUAUUGGUGAGAGUGCCAGGUUAAUCCGAGAAAUGUUUGCAUACGCUAGAGAUCAUCAACCAUGUAUCAUAUUUAUGGAUGAAAUUGAUGCUAUUGGUGGUAGAAGAUUUUCUGAGGGCACAUCAGCAGAUAGAGAGAUACAGAGAACUCUUAUGGAGUUGUUGAAUCAGAUGGAUGGGUUUGAUGCAUUAGGUAAAGUUAAGAUGAUUAUGGCCACAAAUAGACCAGAUACACUAGAUCCUGCUCUACUUAGACCUGGUAGACUCGAUAGAAAAAUUGAAAUACCUCUACCAAAUGAACAAUCUCGUGCUGAUAUUCUCAAGAUUCAUGCUGCACCAAUAGCAAAACAUGGAGAAAUAGAUUGGGAAGCUGUUGUGAAAUUAUCUGAUGACUUCAAUGGGGCAGAUCUGAGGAAUGUCUGUACUGAAGCUGGUAUGUUUGCUAUUCGUGCCGAGAGAGACUAUGUUAUAGAAGAAGAUUUUAUGAAAGCCGUCAGAAAAGUGGCCGAUAAUAAGAAAUUGGAAUCAAAACUGGAUUAUAAGCCAAUAUAAUAAUGUACACUCUUAAAGUAUGACCAAGAUAUUUAAAGUGCUGUCAUUUAUAUAUUAUGUAAAAUUCUAUUUUCAUGGACAGUCAUGUGACAAAGUAUGACAUUGAAUAAUACUUUACUUCUUGAAGACAUAUUAGUAUGUAAAAAUAAAAUAAUAUGAAAGUGAAGCUAUGUAUGAUUUCUUUUUCUGCUUGUUUACAAAAGUUACAUUACUUGAAAUAAAUGCAAAUGUGUUUCUCAUUGAAUAA